CAUAUCCAAAGUGCAGGACCAAAGAGAAGUAAAUAAUGUAUGCUUUUGUUAGAUUCUUUGAAGACGAUAUGUGCUACGCGUUACCCGUUUCAAAUGUCGAAGAUUUCAGACCUCUGCACAAAACAGAUUUUGAUAAUCAGAAGGUGUAUCUGGUUCACAGAACUGAAGAGAAUGGCAGCGCAGGCCAGCCGUGCGAAGCACAGAUCCUUGCCCUUGCAGAUACAGUAGAGGAAUUUGAAGACAGUAUAAUGCAAAAGAAGAUGAAAAUUCCCAAGAUGUCCAUCAAGAAUUCAGGAAACUCUAUUGAGAACAGUUUUGGAGAGGAGAGAAUGCCACUCAGGCAUAAAAAGGCUCUGUCUCAAGACCAUGGACGCCCCCUUUCCAACUCCUCCAAGAGCCUGGCAGCAGUAGUGGCUCGCCUGGAGAGAAAUGCAGCCAGCUCCUGCAUGGAGGGCGAAGAGGAUCUGGAUGAGGACCGGCUGGCCGAGGAGGGAGAGGAUGCGGACGACGAAGAUGACGAUAUGGAGGCAGAGCAUCAGCAACAUCAUCACCAGCAGCAACAACAACAUUUAGAGGUGGACACGGAUUGUGUGUCUGGGUUAGCUGCAGCGGUGGUUCCUCGAGUUCUGUAUGAGGAGUUGGUUCAUAGCUACAGGCAACAGGAAGAGGAGAUGAGGAGGCUGCAGCAGGAGCUGGAGAGAACCCGCAGGCAGCUGGUGCAGCAGGCCAAGAAGCUGAAGGAAUAUGGCAGCUUGCUGACAGAAGUCAAAGAACUGAGGGACUUCAACAGGAGGCUGCAAGACGUACUUCUCAUGAGACUGGGCAGCGAGCCUAUGCAUGACAAUGGCACUCAGACAAUCAAGGCUGAAGUGGUUGAGCCCAUUGUUGAGCCCCAGGAGACAUGCAGAGAAGAAGCCAACACCAGUUCCAGCUACUCACCCUCACCCAGAACAGUUUACACCUGUAACGAUGGGAAGGUACACCUCGGUGGAGGGAUCUGGGUGGAGGAGGAGAAGUGGCACCAGCUGCAGCGGACCCAGGGAGACUCCAAGUUCACAAAGAACCUGGCUGUAAUGAUCUGGGGCACAGAGACCCUCAAGAACCGUAGUGUCACCGGAGUGGCCACCAAAAAGAAGAAGGAUGCCCUGCCCAAACCUCCACUGUCUCCCAGCAAACUGAAAAUCGUCAGAGAGUGUCUCUACGACAGAGUGUCUCAAGAGACAGCCGACAGUGCGGAGAUUACGCAGAGAUUGUCCAAAGUGAACAAAUACAUUUGUGAAAAGAUUAUGGACAUCAACAAGUCCAUCAAGAACGAGGAGCGGCGGGAGUCCAAGCUGCUCAUCAGACAGACAGUCAAGAUGGAGAACUUCACCUAUGAUGGCAUGUAGUGAUCAACUGUUGUCACGCCAGCGCCUUCUGCCCCUCCCCCUCGUGGUCCGCAGGAUAUUGAGGGGACUUGAUAUGGGUGGUUGGGGAUGUUUGUCACAAUUUCAGGGGCAGUUGUUUUUCUUUGACACAUCGGAUUGGUUAUUGCGUUUAAACAAAUAGACCCUUUUCCCAGCUCCCUAACCAUCACCUCCCUCAGUGCCCAGUUUUCCCAUUGGCUGACAGACAGCUUUACCCACCAGUGAGAAGUUGAACUUGUGUAAACUAGUUUGAUAUGAGCUGUUAUGAGUGUUUUUAUAAGCUUUACAGUGGGAUUGGUACAGAGACAUGAUUUAUUGUUGUGUGUGCAUUUGUGUCGAGAGAGAGACUGAGAGAUUAGAUGUAAUUGUUAAAUUGAUUUAUUGUUCUGUGUCAGAACAUAGUUUUCAGUCCUAAAACUUUUAAAAAGUACAAGGUUAUUUCCCGAGAUAAAGUCUUCUGAUGCUAUAAAGGUUAUGAUACUAGCUUUGCGUUAGAUCUUAGACGUGUGAACAGUUGGAUAUUUUGGUAACUGCUGGGAGUGUUUGCUGUUGGUACUUACUGCAUAAAAUGGGACAUCAGGGUCUCAAAUGCACAAGUCUUAAUUGGUAACAGCCAUAUUGCAUUUUGCAACAGAGAUUCUGUUGCGCAUAGAGGUUAGUCAUUAGUGUGCGCACCCCCUUAACUGUAAGUAAAUCACAACACAUCUGCUUUAUCAGUUCCUCUAGGAUUUCAUGGGCUGUUUUGUGAUUGUUGCAGCCUGAAAUGCCUGAUUUCAUGGCAGCUUUUCAAAAAAAAACAUUAUGAUGAUACAUAGAAUGGAUUUGAUGCAUUUUCUGAGCCAAUAUUGGCAUAAAAUAAAACAAAUAAUAUUUUUUUGAAAUUGCUGGUCCAUAGUUUUCUUUGUUAUAUACAUCAGUGCCAGUCAGGAAGCUUUAGAAAGCAACACCGAAAUGGCUCGACUCAAGUUAUUAAACCCGUAAGUAUUUGGUAAUUUCAGCCAUGUGAUGCUGAUAGUUCCCCCUGUCACUGUGUGUGUUACAGUCCCAGGGGCAGCAGUAGUCUCAUGAUAAAUAGAGAUAGAGAGCGGGGCAAGGAGCUGCUGAGCGGAUCAAUACGCUGCCAUACGAUAAAAUCAGAUUUAUUCGUUUUAAAUAGUUAAACUUGCGGUAAAGUUGUGGUGAUUAAUCAAAUAUCAAGGUCACGCACAAUUCACAGGAAUUAGCUGAAUUUGUGACAGCAAAAUCAUGAAAUCCUGGAGGGACUGCUUUAUUAAAAAGAUGGCUUACGGAGAAUAAAUGGGAAGUUUGACUCUUAAUAUAGAUUCUAUAGAGUGCUAUCUUUGUAUUGUUUUUUAUGUUGACCUUUUUAGUUGUGAGCCAUCAGUGAGAAAGUCUUGGAUGGGAUGUUCCCGUGUUACUCUUAAUCAAACAUGUCACUUUAAGACAAUUUGACUGUUUAUGAGUUGUAGUGGUACAGGCAUGUUGAUGCCUAGAAAGGCCUUAAAUGGAUUUGGCAAUCACCAGGGGCCGGUAUGUCCCUGGGUUUUCUAGUAAGCUGUGAUUGUAAAUGUAUAGUAAGCUGAAGCGGUUGAAGCUUCGCCUGCACUUUGCUGUGAGAAUGUGAGAGGUGGUUCGGUACUAUUUUUUGUGUGAUUUGCACCAUUAAGUUGAGCUGAGCCGGGCUACUUUACCCCUCCUCUUGUAGUUAAAAGAUGCUGCGCUGCACGGGACAAUGUGGGGAAAAAACAGGGCACAGCUCUGCACGGUUCAGGUCAUCUUCAUGUGGAAGCAGUGUCAGUUGUGGGUAAAGCUGUCUGAAACACUACUGUGUUGUUUGAAGUCGUCUGGGCCUGCUGAAUCCCAUAAUAACCCCCUCUUUUUUUAAGCCACGCCACUGGGGAACAAAGUAAGGUCGCUCCAGUGACAAUUUCUUCUGAGCUAUGCCAUCAGAACUUUGAAAAUGUCCUUUUUUUCUUGUAUGUUUUUUUAAAUGUUUUUUUUUUUUCCUCUCCAGUUGUUUUAUUGUUUUGAUCCAAAAUGGUUUGUGUGGCUGUCUGCAGGCUGGAACUAAAUGCUGCAGAUUGAAAUCUCAACUGUGACCUAGCUGUGGCUAACUGUGAAUCUGCUGCAGAGCUGCCCAUCAAGCCUCUCUCCUCUUCAUACUCUAGAUUCUCGUUUGUCGGUUGAUUUAUUUCUGUCUAUCAUUUUGUCUGUCUUUUUUUUUUUUUUUUUUUUUUUUGUUAUUUCAAAAGUUCAGAUCAGCCUUUUGUUAAGCUACCUUUGGAGAUAUUUUAGUGUACAUAAACAUAUCUUUUUAUUUUUUUCCACCAAACAUGAAUAUUUCAGUUUUAAGUCAUGUUACAUGUUACAGUUUUAAAGGUUCUGGUUUAAUUGAUGUUGUAAUUCCACGUUACCUGACAAUUAUUUGUGUUUCUUUUUACACUUAUAUUUUUGGUUUAUUUUUUUCAUAUAAAUUGUUGGCUUUAAGCUUGAUGUUGUAUCCAGAUGUAGAUUGUUGGAAUCUGCAAACAAAUGAAAAAAAAAAAACUCCCUUUCUUAGCCAAAGUGAUCUCUGUGGAACAAGAGAGACAAGGCUUCCCGUAACAGAGCCCAUAUAUUAAGCUACAUUCACGACAUUUGAUAUUUAAUAAGCCUCACUUAGGAUCUACCUUCUAAUCUGCCACAGUAAGAUGAGAAUCCGUAUUGUUAAACCAUUGUACUCGAUUGAGAUGCAGUAGCUAGAUCAACACAAACAUUUACAUUGAAUGCACUUUAAACUUCUGGGCAAUUUCUUCAAUCUUAAAGAAAUGUAUUUGUGAUAUUUGUCCUUUUUUUAAAAUGUCUAUAUAGAUAAAGCCUAACAAUCAUUGUAUUAUCAUGAAGCACCUUAGAAUAUUUUGGUUUUAUUGGGUUUUUUUGUUUUGUUUUUUUGUGGCAAGAAUGCGUUACGGGAUACAAUUGUCAGAUUCCCCUGACAUGCCAAUGUUUCAAAACAAGCUAGAUAGAUUUAAUACUUCCAACUAUUAUUUGGUGGUAAUACUACUACUACUACUUCUAAGAAUCUAAUUCUGAAAUGAUCAUUCGGGAUGUUUAGAAAACCAGAUUUCCACAAGUUUCACUCUGUUGAAACUGGAUUUUUCCACUCUAUCAUGGCCUCCUGAACAAUAAACAGCUUACUUGGCAAAAUAACAAGCAAAAGCCAAAAACUCCUCUUGGCUUUAAAGCCCAAAACAUGAUUCAUCAGUCUAAAAAUAUUUACUAUAAAAUGUGCAAGCUGACUGGAAUAUGUGCUUUAACUUAAUGUGUGAAGAUGCUGGUUAUGCAUAGAUAUGACUUGUAUAGAAAUAAUUGUAUUUUUUACCAAAGUAUUGAAUGCUGAGAUCAAGCUAAAGAAGGGGGGUUUGCUGACUGAGGAAUCAGCGGGGUUUGCACAAAAGAAGGCCCCUGCCAAGUUAAUAGAGCCUAGUGAAUCGUAAGACACCAAAAGGGUGACUUUUUUUUUCUUGUUCCUAAAAAAAAAAAGAAAAAUAACCCUUUUCAGUUUUGUUCCCUGUACAAAGCAACAUGUGAGGUUUACGUGCGCUUGCAUGUAUUAAAGAUACAUGCGGUUUUAAAAGAAAGAAAAGAUUUCUGCUGUGCAAAGCAACCAUGCUGAAAUUCUGACACAUUGUCGUGUGUUGUGUUUGUGUUUGUUUCUUUGUUGUUUGAUGCCAAAAGGGGGUGUGGUUAAAAUAAUGCUUUAAGAUAGAGCAUUACUAGAGCUAUUACAUCAUCUGGAACUUAUUUUUUCAAAGGCUGGUUUUCCUGGAGCGCGAUUAAGCCUAAUCCUUUAACUAAAACCAUCUUUCAUGGAUGAAAGCUGUAUGGAAGUACUGUAUGUUUUUAACCCAGAUUUGGUUUAAUCUGUGAUGGCAAGGCCAAUCUCUAGCAAAUGUACUAAGUCACUUGCAAAGGAGCAGUUUGGGUUUUAGCAGCGUAUUAGUAACAUACACCAGUACAUAACCUGGCAGAGCCAUCAAUGGAUGGCAUAGGCUAGUUUGCAACACAAUACCAGACCUUCCAGUACUCUCACUGUCACACUCUCAAGUAGCGAUAGGGAGGAAAUGUAACCUCGCUGGCUCUGUGAUCCUUUUCCUGUGCCACCUCUAGUUCCUUACCCUCCUGCCAUUUAUACGGACUGGAUUUAAAAAUUCACAUGUAUCGAGAUAAUAGCAAAUCCUGUCCUCAUUGCUUGGUGUUUUGGCUUAUGUUGUGAACACCUGUCAAAGCUUCAGAAGUGAGGGAGCUUUAAGUUGCUUUUUUGACAGUUUGAUUGGGAAAAAGAGAUCGGCUCUAACUUGUGGAACAAGAUAAAUGGCUUCAUCUUGCAGUUUUCACAACUAAGUGUACACAAAACACAUUUGAGCCUCAGAUACAAUGUCAAACUUACUUCAAAUAAGAAAAAAAAAUGGGAGGAACACAUUGUUAGGCCUAUAUUUUUCUUAAGGUAUCAGUAACUUUGUAUACAAUCCACAAACCGGUUCUACUUCAUCUAACUUCACCGUCCUACCUCAUUGUUACUCUGGUGUUUGUUUGUCAGUGACUGUAAACUAUGUGUGUAUAUUAAAAAAAAUCUAUAGGAAAGGUAUACCUGGUUACUCUCAACAUGUACAGCAUAUAAAACUUGUAAAACACCUCAGUACACAAUAUCAUUCUUAGGAGAAAUCAGUUUUAUUACCUGCUUAAAGAUGCUGCUGUAAAGGGGUGUCUGCGUGAGGGGUCGUCUCUGAAUAUAUAUCUUCGCUCUUUGCUAUGUCGUGCAGUUGAUCAGUGGUUGUGUCUCUGUAUUGCAUUCUGAGAUUUUUACUGGUUGACGGUGCUACCAGCAAACAGUUCAAAAACUGAUCUGUCUAUCGGACCUCAAAUGGUGCUGUUUUUCUAUGUUUUUAACCUCAUACAGCUAUGUUUUAUUCAGGUGUGUCAACCGCCACUAUCCCCUCAGCUAAUCAAAUUCUAAGCCAAAAUAUUUCGCGAAAAACGGUAACCCUGCUAUUACUGUAUCAACUAUAUGCUAUCCAUCCAAAUAUUGUAGAUAGUGAUUAUAUCCUCAGCUGUGAGUUUCAGAAGUACCUCAGAACUUGCUGACUUUCAAUGGAUGCAUCUGCUUCUAGCACCUGUUGUCUACCGAUAUUACAUUGUUGCAGUGUAUUUUCAGAAAUAUGCAUUUUUACUGGUUAGAUCAGGUUUCACUAUACGUAGGACAUAAUUAUUCAAUCACGCUCAGAUGACCGAUACAUUUAAAGGAUACCACUGUUUACUGGUUGCAUGCCAGAUAUUCAUAAAAGGAAAUCUCAGUUGGACUGGGCAGCGUAUGUCGCAGUAGGAGAGGUCCUCAGCAAAGCCAUGUUCUGUCUGAGUCAAUGUAAAGUUUGUUUUUACAGAGGUGAGAUUCCAUUGGUAGUUGUGUUUAUGGUGGAAAAACACUAUCCGAUUGAAGUGAUUCUGGGAAUGUAUGAACUAGAGCCCCAUCUGUUUGAAAAUGUGAAAAACAUUACAGAGAUCAGAGCUGCAAUGAUUAGUUGAUUAGGUGAUUGAAAGAAAAUGAAUCGCCAGCUAUUUUGAGAAUUGAUUAAUCGUGUCAUUCGUUUUUCAGGCCAACAUUUUCCAACCAUUGCUGGUUCCAGCUUCUUAAAUGUAUGAAUUUGCUGCUUUUCUUUGUCAUUUAUAUCAGUAAAUGGAGAGUCUUUGAGUUUUGAACUAUUGAUUUGGUAAAAUAAGUAAACUGAAAACAACAUGACUUUGGACAUUUUGUAGACUGAAUGAUUAAUCGAUUAAUUGCAAAAAUAACUGGCGGAUUAGUCAGUAAUGAAAAUUAUUAGUUGCAGCUAUAAUGGAGAUUGCAGAGUUUCAUGAUACAUUCACGAUGGCUGUUUUGGGAUGAUUUAGCCUGUCAGUUUUGGAAUUAUUGAUUUUAUCAAGGUACCUCUUCGAUCUGUGAUUCCCCAUUUGUAUUAUCAUCCAUUACUGAUAUUUAAACACUUCAAGUGUAGUUUCCAGUUUUCAAAAUUGGAAUUUAGUGCAUUUCAUCAUCCAUGAUUGGCUUACUGUGAGCUAAAGUAAUAUGUACAGCACUAUAUAGUGUGUGGACUAACUAUACAAAAAGCGCUUUAUCUUAUAUUUUACCCUUUGCAGUGACACCAAUGGAAUUUUUUCUGCGCCAAAGUGUGUUUAAAGUGGUUUGCUCUAAAUGUCAGUAUGUAAAUAUUUGUUGUUGUUUUUUUUUUUUUAAUCUGACCAUGUCUGUGAACAUGUAAAGUGCUGGGGAACUCCUCUCUACUGUGAGCAGUGUAUGAAAUACACAGCAGUUGGUUUCAUGGAAGCACUUAAGCCAUUUGUUGGACUGUUUCUUAAUGGUUCAAUUUUAAGCUUUGCUCUGGUCCAGGGAUUUGUCCCAGAGAGUUUUGUGUCGAAUCGAAUUCCUAUGCAGGUGCUGAGUUGUAAUCACCUGGUACCACAUCACUGUAGGGUGGAGGGCCAAACAGGGAGAGAGAUAAACUGGAGAGUGUUCAAACCUUUGAAUGUGUCUGCACAGCCUUGAGAUUGAGUAAAGGGGACAAUGGCGACAUGACAAAUCCGUACUGAACUAUUGCUACAUUUUCAUACUCAUGGAACUGAAUUAAACUGAGCUAUACAGGGCUGCUUGGGUAUAUACCUGUCUGUAGUUGUAACUGCAUUGCAAUGAUCUUUAGGGAAAGACAGGGUUCUUACUGUAUGGAGUAUUUCCAGUUGGUAUGAUAAUGUGAAAAGAAGACUAUUGCAGUAAACACUCCCUCACCCUACUUCAGCCUCCCGGAGGCCUCCCUACAUUUACAGAAAAUGUUAUAAGUAUAUGCGAUAGAGAGUGUACAUGUCUUUGCUAAACCGGCCACACCUCUGCUAUGCGAGCAACUCUUUGACGCUUAGCAUCCUGUUCUGUGUUUUCUCUUGCUGCAUUCAGGAACACCUGUUUAAUGUAUAGAUAAACAGAAAUAAAUCCAGACUUUUAUUCUAUCAGCA